AGUGUUUAGUAACAUAACAGUAGUAGCCUAGAAAACUUCAAGAUGGAUGGAGUUAUAGAUGAAGUAUUGGCGCAAUCCAAUGGAAGUGUUGACGAAAAUACAAAUGUUACAUCAACGAGAGUCCCUUCAACCCCUGAAGGAAUGGCUCUUGCAUAUGGCAGUCUUAUAAUCAUGGCAAUAUUGCCUAUUUUUUUUGGUAGCUACCGAUCUGUAAAGCACCAUAAGGAACAAAAGAAAGCAUUUGAAGCUGGUGGUGAAAAACCAGAAACCAUGUCACAAAAAGAUGCGGCUAUGUUUCCCUUAAUUUCCAGCGUUGCUCUUUUUGGGCUGUAUAUUUUUUUCCAAAUAUUUUCCAAAGAGUACAUUAAUCUCUUAUUAACAGGAUAUUUUUUCUUUCUUGGAAUAUUGGCUCUAUGUCAUCUCACCAGCCCAAUAAUCUCGUCUUUGGUACCAGCCGCAAUACCAAAAACACAAUAUCACAUUCAAUUUACUGAAGGUGAAGGAGAUAAACUUGAGAGCAUUAUUGAUUACAAAUUUAAUCUCCAUGAUAUUGUAUGUUUAAUCUGCUGUUCUAUGAUUGGAGCGUGGUACCUAUUUCAAAAACAUUGGAUUGCAAACAAUCUCUUCGGUAUAGCGUUUGCUAUUAAUGCAGUAGAACUAUUACACCUCAAUAAUAUUGUGACUGGAUGUAUUCUUCUCGGCGGUCUUUUUGUAUACGACAUUUUUUGGGUGUUUGGCACAAAUGUCAUGGUAACUGUGGCAAAAUCCUUCGAAGCUCCUAUUAAACUUGUUUUUCCUCAAGAUAUGUUAGAGCAAGGAUUUGGUGCUAAAAACUUUGCCAUGUUAGGCUUAGGUGACAUUGUUGUCCCGGGUAUUUUUAUUGCACUACUGCUCAGAUUUGACCAUAGCUUGAGUCGAAGAUCUAACACAUACUUCUACUCAACUUUCUUUGCAUAUUUUAUGGGAUUACUCACAACAAUGUUAAUCAUGCAUUUAUUCAAUCACGCACAACCUGCGCUUUUAUAUUUGGUACCUGCCUGUUUAGGAACUCCUUUAUUGGUGGCAUUAAUUAAAGGAGAUAUAAAAACACUUUUUCUGUAUGAAGAUCAUCCAUCUAAUGCAACAAAUGAUAAGGAAAUUGUAACACAACCAAUUGAGAGCUCGAAUUUACUAGAUAAAUCGAAAAGAAAAGGAAAAAGUACCGUUAAGGCAUCCGAAGAAAACGAUAAUCAAAUUUAUAUGAAAAAAGAUCAAUAAAUAUUUAGUAUAUUCAAUUUGUAUAAAAAAUCUAUUUCGAGAAUUAGGUAAAAAUUUGUUUCGUUGAUUUUUUAUGCGUAACCAGAGCAAAAUCAUUCCCAAUUUAAUUAAUAUAUUUAAUAUGUUUGAUUUCACAUGAAUAUUUUCGCGUUUUUUUAUGGCUUGUGAAACACUAGUCAUUAAUCAUCGUGAUUUAUAAAAAUAAAAAAAAACUAUUAAACUUAUUCUGACAUAAAAAUAGAAAAAAAAUCCACAAUCCAUUCAUGCUCUGAAAUCACCAGAUUUGUAAUUCUUUUAUAUUUGAAAAUAUUUUUUAUAAAGUGACAGUUAAUUUGGACUAUAAGUCAAAUAUCUUUUAUUUUCUUGAAGAAAAAAUUAAUUAAUUUUUCAUUUACACCAAUAAUAAUUUUUGUAAUACAACAAUUUUUAAUAUUUUCGUAACCUAUCAUUAAUAAAUUUUAUUAUUAAAUUGAUAUAUUUAUCAAGCUACUUUAAAAAACGAAUAUUAAUAAUUAAAACAUUUUACAAGGUAAAUAUCUUAAUUAUUGACACAAAAAAAUAUGUGAAAACAUAAUAAUUUAUUUAUUUUAUUAAAUACUAAUUAAAUAAAAAAAAAAUUUUCCAUCUCAACGAUAAAAUUAUUAAAUUAUACUAUGAAUUUUAAACAUUCACCAAUGCUUUUUAUUCAAUCAUUAUGUUGUGAAUUAAAAUUUAUUUUUCGGGCGAGUACUUAUUUAAAAAAAAAAAAAGUUAUAAGUACAAGAACGUUUCAUUACUUUUACAAAAAAGAACAACGAAAAAAAAGUAUUUCUUGGCGCAAGAAAAAUUUUUCAUUACGAAAUGAAGACAAAAUUUUUGUUUUCAAUUCAUAAUGCAAAAAAUUUCGUAGAGCAAUUCAAAAUUUUUCUGGGGCAAGUUAAAAUUUUUUGCGCCGAGAAUUCCUGUUUACAGAAAAAUUAUAUAAACGGAAGAAAAAUAAAAGUGACUAUAAUUGGUGCACUGUAAAAAAUAUUGUGUAAAAAUUAACAUAAUCUGUGUGUUGAAAUUACAACACAUUACGGGUAAUGCGAGAAGUGAAUUCUACACUUUUUAAAUGUCAGUAAUAGCACAAAAUAAUAUUAACUUUUACAUUUCAUUUUUAUGUUAUGUUUAUUUAGUAAAUAUAAUUUAUAUAUUACUUUAAGGUCAUUAAAAAUAGUAACAAUCCACAAUUAUUUAGUAUUGAACUUUUUUUUUGAUAGUACACAGAAAAAAAAGGUGCCGUGAUCGGUUACCCUCGGACAAAAUAACCUCGACAAAAUAACCUAGAACAAAAUAACCUGAAAAAAAAUAACUUUGUUAUAAAAUAACCUGAACAACAAUAACCUGAAAAAAUUCACAUAAAUCUUUAACGAUAAAAUUCGUACUUGAAGGUUCUUGUUGUUCAGGUUGGUAGCACAAUUUGUAGUUCACGGAUAAAAUAUCCCCGACAAAAUAUCCAAAUACAAAUUAUCCGAUAGACAAAAUAUCCCCGGACUAAAUAUUCAAGAGACAAAAAUUCGUGACAAAAUAUCCUGUUGAUAAAUAUUAUUCAGAAAAACAUAUUUUAAAUGAAAAAAUAAUAAAUGAUUUUCGAUAAGCGGGUACCGUACCAUUCCAAGCAUAUGUGAACCUAUUUCCAGAAUAAUACCCACCUAAAAUCUGUGAAAAAAGGGCACAGUACGAUUUCAAGCAUAUCUGUUGAUCUAUUUUUAAUAUCACACACUCAAAUUUUAUGUGCUAUUUUUGAUAAAAAGGUACCGUACUAUUCAUAUAAAAAGUAUAUUUAUAUUAUAAGAUAUUUUGUCGUGGAUAUUUUAUCUAUCGAGUAUUUAGUCCAGGGAUAUUUUGUGUAUCGGAUAAAAUGUAUUCGAAUAUUUCAUCGCGGAUAUUUUGCCUUCGGAUAAUAAGUGACGGUUCCGUUCAGGUUAUUUUUUAUCAGGUUAUUUUUUUCAGGUUAUUUUUUAUCAGGUUAUUUUGUUACGAGGUUAUUUUGUCGGGGUUAUUUUGUCGAGGUUAUUUUGUCCGAGGGCAAUUUGUUACGGAACCAAAAAAAAGUUAUCUUGAGUCAAGAAAAUAUCCUGGAAGACAAACGUUUUCGAGAACCAAGUCAAGAUUUUCUUGAGCCAAGAGAAUUUUCUUGGUUAAAAAAAAUUCGUCUUGGUCGGAAAAGAUUUCCACUUUAUCUUAGAAAAUUUAGGUUUCCAAAAAAAGUUUCUUGAAUCAAGAAUAUUUACUUUCAGUCGAGAAUUUUUUUUCUGUGCAUACAAUGUUUUUAUUAGAAUCAAGAUAUAAAAAAAAGUCACGCAAGGUUUCAUACCAGUCCUAAAUAAUAAAUCAGUUCAUUUCUUUAAAGAAAAAAAAAAACAUUUUUAAUAAGCGAAAAAAUAAUUUUUACCGUACAUACAAUAAUUCGAAAUUGUUACUAAAUCUUUAUGAUUGGUAUGAUGAACAUUCCAGCUUAUAAUAAAUGGCAAAUUUAAUAUAUUAAUAAAGAAAAUUUUUAAGUUAAAUUAAUAUUUAUGAAAUGUCGAUUCCACUUUCUUAACUCUAACAAUUCUUCCGUGACUAUCGAUUGAAUUCUUAACAUAAAUUUUAUGUUAAUUUUAAAAUAUUGUCAUCCCAACAAGAGGUUGGACCGGGUGUCGUCGGUUUUUACUCCCACUCUGGAUGUUUUAUGUGUUAAACGUUCUCCCACUUUUCGCACACAUGCAGUUCAUAAAUGUUCGGAAAUUUCCGAGGUCAAUUCUCUUACUGGGACCACAAUAACACUUAAUCAAUGUUGAUAAUUUGAAUUUUUCUUCUAGGGAACACUUUUAAAGUGUUAAAUACUAGAUCGAUUUAAAAUUUUAAAGAAACAGCCUAAUGUGUUGAUUCAAUACGAAAAAUUUAACACAAUCCGUUUUUAACAUAUACACAAUAUUUUUCACUGUGUGCUGUUCCAAUAAUUGGAACAUCUACCUUAUGACCGGCUAAUCAUAAUUUCGCGAUCAUAAAAGUAAGCAAAAUGAAAUUUAUAGUAUAUUUUAAACAGGAGACGAAAUUAAACGAUUUCAGACCUGGCCGAAGUUUGCUAAUAUGACCCGUAGUCUGAAAUCGUGUUUCAUUCUGCAUCACACAAUUUUUUUUUAUAAUUAUCUGCAUUGGAACUUAAAAUUUCAGUGUCAACAGUCAGUCAUAAACGAGUUAAUUUGAAGCUAAUGGUGUGAUCAACUAUUAGCGUAAACGUAAAUUGUAAUUUGCAAUUUAUAAUUAAAGAGGGUCUAUAUAUAAUCUAGCAAUCAACUGGCACGUGGCCCGAUCGGAACGAUAGCCAAAAGGAAAAAUGAAAAUUCUAGCAAUCUACGUUUUCAUUUUUUAAAAAUAUUCAUUUGUUUAAGAGAAAAACGUGCCCUACACUGUAAAAAAUUCGCGGAGUGAAUGCGGAUUAAAUCCGGAGUGAAUGCGGAGUGAAUGAAUUUUUAAUUAUUCACUCCCCUCGGAGUGAAAUUUACUCCGCAGGGGAGUUUUCGCGGAGUAGAUAAUUUUUUAUUAAUUUAAUCCCUCCAGAGUGAAAUUCACUCCGGGACGGAGCUUUGAAAAUAUUAUUAAUAAAAUAUAACUCCACUCAAUAAAAUCGAAGUAAUAAUUCGCGUAUUACAUUAUUGAUCAGCUGAUAUGCACACACAUACGCACAUACGCGCACUCGCACACACGCACGCACACAUUUGCACACACGCACAUAUUUGUACACACACGCCCACAUUUGCACACACGUACACAUUUGCACACACGCACACAUUGUUUAGCAGUUUAAUAUAAAUUUAUUUAAGUAUUAAAACUCCAGACCGGAGUGAAUUGGGAGUGAAAUAAAAUCCGCGUCACUCCGCUAAAAAAAACUCCCAAUUCACUCUGCAUGCGGAGUGAUUUUUUUCAAAACUCCGGAACUCCGAGUGGCGGAGUGAAUUCGGAUUUAAUUUCACUCCGGAUUUUUUACAGUGUAGUGGAUCCGAAUUACGGUAAAUUACCGCAUUUUACGGUAAACUACCAUAAUUUACCGCAAAUAACGGUAACUUACGGUGAUCUACCGCAAAUUACGGUAACUUGCCGUAACUUACGGCAGAAUAUCUUAAGUUACCGCAAUAACGGUAAAAUGCCUAUUUUAGGUAAUUUACGGUAAAACGUCGUAUUUUAGUGUAAUUUUUCUGAAUACUUUAAAUUGCGGUAGAAAAGUCGUAAUUUUACGGUGAAUUGCUGCAAUUUUACCGUAAAUUUGCCGUAAAAUACGGCUAUUACCUAACUGGCCGCUGUAUUACGGUAAUUUACGGCCGCAAUUUACGGUAAUUCGCGGCAAUAUACCGUAAUUUUCCGGUAAAUUACGGUAAUUAUUCCGACUACCGUAAAUUUCGGUAAUUUUUAGUAAACUACGGUAAUUUACCGUAAUUCGGAUCUGCUAGGGUGUACAAAGUUUCUAUUUACUGCGCAAGAACAACAAGGAUAGUACCGUUCAUCGACUUGAGUGUGAUAGAGAAAAAAGUUCAGACCCCUCUUAAGCAGAAACUAUAAAUACUAUUUACUCUCAUCUUUAUAAAACUUAAUCACAAAGUCAAAACUGCCCUCAGUCAGCAGGCAAAAACAUUAUUUGUUUCUUCCCAAGGAACAACAAAACACCUUUUUUUUUGCCCGCUGACUGCAGGCAUUCACAAUCGACGCGUUUGCUAAUAAUUGGCGGCAUUGGACUGACAUCGGCUUGUUUUGACUGGCUGUAGAGCCACUGAAACUUAAAGUUUUGAUGCUGAUCAUGAAAAAAUUAUUGCGUAAAUUUUAUUAGAUAAUGAUGGUGACUAUAAGAACAUCCUCAACUUAUUUAGGUAAAUUCCAGUUUUACUUAUCUAGUUCAGUAUCUUUUUAUUUAUAUGAAGGCGGCAUUAUUAAAUAAAAUAAAUUUUAGUGAUCAUUAGUAAAGACAAAGUAGAAAAAAUUAUCGAUAAUUUACUUAUAAAACAAAUGAAAUGAAAGUCAUAUAUGUCAUGUAUGAAAAUUAGAUAGAAAUGUAUUAAGUUUUAUUAAUUCAUUUAUAGAUCUAUCAAUAAUUUACUAAAAAAAAAAUUAAACACUAAAUAUUUCAUAAUUUAAUUAAUCUUCGAACGAUUGAAUGAUGCAAAACAGGACUCAAAAUUGUAAAAAGAUUUGUCGCACAAAAAUUUUAUUUAUCUUCCUCAUAGUGUGGAAUACUUGUUCCAAUAAAACCAGCUUCGUCCUGAUCUUAUAUAAAAAAUUUGUAAUAAAUUCAAAUAAUAUGAAAAAUAUAAUAACGACUUAUAUGAAAAUAAUUUAA